UGACGUACGACGCCGGGGUCGGGCUAUUUCAGAAAGACGGUCGACUUCGCCACGAGAAUCUCGCCGCUUCUCCUUUCCUCGGGACUAAUUAAACGAUAAUCGAAGAUGCCGUUUCGCACGGAGACGUGUUGCUGCUUCAAGGAUACCAAAAGGGGGUCCUACUGCUGCGGAAUUUAUACCUUGACGGCAUCCGUGAUAAUAAUCGUAGGAUCCGCAGUUUACUUGGCUAUGGAACCCUUCAAGAGCCACGAAUAUUAUCUAGUCGAAGGGGAAGCCGUAUACGACGUGAUGAGGAUUUCCUCCAUCAUUCACCUGUCCAUGGCGAUAUUGUUGUUCUUGAUCAGUCUAUUGUUACUGGUCGGAGUCAAGAAAGAUAAUCGCUUCCUGUUGAUACCUUGGAUGGUCUGGAUCAUUUUCGUAUUGGUCAUGCACGUCAUUUACGUAAUUUUUGCCAUCAUUGCCGCCAUCAGAAAUCCGAUGCAGCUGAUACAGGCUUUCUUCUUCUUGUUGUCCUUCUGUUUGAACCUCUAUUGUUUCCGAUGCGUGUAUUCUCAAUAUAAAUUAUUGCAAGAAGAAGAGGAGUCGAGAGCGAGAUUUCACAAAAUUAAAAACAUCAGCGGCCCUUUGUAAUUCUUUCCGACGCUUUCUGUCUUAAAAUACACGCUUCCGAUCGUCGGGAAACGUCCGUUGUUCGAAAAAGUACAUUCAAUUUUAAUCCUUUUUUUUUAUAAUAAUCGAAAUUUUUAGAGAAAUUCGACGAAAAAUGUACUAUUUUUACAAAUUUUCUGGUAGAAAAUGGUAGAAUACCCGUUAAAAGUCGGUAAUUUUACCGUUUAUUCGGUGUAUAACUAAUAUUUGCGAAAAGAUGGCGAAAACGUAACGUAAAUACGCGAAAAACGAUGAAUUCUUAACGAUUUUAAGAGCCGUCGCGGCGUAUUUUUAUAAUAUUACCAGGAAUAAACAAAUUUUUAUUUUUGUAAAGGUUUUUAAAUUUAAAAAGAAUUUUUAAAAUUAAAUAACAAUAUUUUACUCGUUUUCCAGUUAUUAAACGGUGGCUUUAAUAUACGAUGGUAAAGCCGAAAGGAAGGAAUUACGAAAUUGGGUUACGGCGGACCUUCCGUUUUCGUCCGAUUUCGUUUUAAGUUCGUCUUUCCUAUUAACGAUUAAAGUCGUAUCGUAUAAUUACCGGCGUCGGACGUGGUAGGUCCGCGCCCAAUUAUGUAUAGAAAUUAGACUUUUAUCUACAUUAUUUUUAUUUAUAUAUUUAUGACCUUUAUUUUGGAAAAAUUCCAUGUAAUUACGGAAUAAAACGAAUAAUUGUGUUUUAA